GGCCGGUUUACGGCACACCGACUCCACGGAGUUUAAAUAUGGUAAGCUUCACUUUUGCCUCACAGCUCCUGGAAGGUCGCAUGGCCAUUAACGGAACUUCCUAAUUAACUAGUAGCUACAGCCGAGAAGUAGUUAGAAGUGACGGAAACACCGGGUGUGCUGAGCUCGAUCUCAAAGCAGCAGCAUCAACAACAACAACAACAACAGCCGAACUGCUCCCGUCAAUGUGAGGCACCACUGAAGGAUGGACAAGCCUUCUGUGGGAGAGAAAGCUGCUUUAAGCAGACCGAACCGCUGGGUGGAUCCGUCCUUCGCCGACUUGCCGGGGGAAAGCUUCGCUCUGUCCAGACGGAGAAAAGGCAGCCAGGCUUCGUGCUCCAAGGCGGAGCCCAAGAGGCCCAGGAGGAGUGCGGGGGAGUCCGGCAGCUCAGACCCUCGCACGUCCUACCUGCCGAAAGACUCAGCCCCAGGGGACCAGGAUGAGCCGUGGGUGGACAGAUACUCGCCGCGUUCGCAGGCCGAGCUUGCUGUCCACAAGAAGAAGAUCGAGGAAGUGGAGAACUGGUUGAGAGUGCACUCGAGCGCAUCGAAGGGUGGCGUCCUGCUGCUGACGGGACCGUCGGGCUGCGGGAAGACCGCCACGGUGCAGGUUUUGUCUCUGGAGCUGGGCCUCAGGGUUCAGGAGUGGACCAACCCCUCCAACCUGGAGCCGUACAGCAGCGGUCAGCAAGACUGGAGGACGAACGGCUUCCCCUGCACCUCCCAGUUAGCCCAGUUCCAGGACUUCCUCCUUCGAGCAAACAAGUACAACUGCCUGAAGAUGGUGGGUGACGGAGCGGCCACGGACGGGAAGCUCAUACUGGUGGAGGAUUUCCCGAACCAGUUCUACAGGCAGCCCAGCAGCCUGCACGACAUCCUGAGGCGCUUUGUGAAGACCAGCCGAUGUCCCCUGGUGUUCAUCGUGUCGGACAGUCUGAGUGGAGACAGCAGCUCGCGCUUCCUGUUUCCCAGAGAGGUCCAGGAGGAGCUGGACAUCAGCGGCAUCAGCUUUAACCCGGUGGCUCCGACCACAAUGAUGAAGGUCCUGACUCGAAUUUCAGCGGCGCAGGCCGGAAAGAGCUGUGGGAGGAUGUGCGUCACAGACCAGGCGGUGUUGGAGACGCUGUGUUCAGGGAGCUCGGGAGACGUUCGCAGCGCCAUCAACAGCCUCCAGUUCUCCUCCCUCCCAGACACGUCGCUGGAGAAGGGUCUGUGGGGGAUGAAGAAGGACGGACGUGCGACGUCGCUGGGCAAAGCCGGUUCCAGAAGGAACCCGAGGGGGAAGAAGUCCAAACUGACAAAGGAGCUUGAGGGGGAGCAGGCCAUUGGAGGGAAAGAUGCGUCCCUGUUCCUGUUCAGAGCUCUGGGGAAGAUCCUGCACUGCAAACGAGGGAAGCAUGAAGAUGCCGAAGCAGCUGAAUGUGCCCCUGGACUUAGUCUACCAUCUCACCUGUCUCAUCAUCACAGAGAACCAUUGCUUGUAGAACCUGAGCUGGCCGUUGAGCGCUCGCACAUGUCGGGAGACUUCUUCAACCUGUACCUGCACCAGAACUACCUGGACUUCUUCUCCGAGGUGGAAGACGUGGAGCGCGCUAGCGAGUAUCUGUCCGACGCCGACCUCCUCGCCUCUGAUUGGACGAGUCGCAGCACCAUGGGGCAGUACGGGUCUUCAGUGGCCACCAGGGGGCUCCUUCACUCCAACUCCCAACAAGUGUCGGUUGGCUUCCGACCGCUUCACAAACCCAACUGGCUGCUGGUCAACAAGAAGCACAGAGAGAACUGCCUGGCGGCCCAGUCCCUGUUCAGGGGCUUCUGUCUGACACCAGUCAGCCUGCAGACGGAGCUGCUGCCCUACCUGGCCAAACUCAGCAACCCUAUGAGGAACCCAGCUCAGAUCGCUUUCAUCCAGGACGUGGGUCAGAUGUCCCUGAGGAGGUUCCCCGGCAGAUUAAAACUGGAGGCUCUGGUGGACAAGGAGCCGGCCCAGCUGGACAAAGACAGCGAGGAGGAAGAGGAGAGUCCGGGCGGGUUUGAGGAGGGUCUGCCAGCCAGUCAGCCCCAGCCUACCACAAGCCGGGUCCUUUUGGAGGAGGAGGACCUGAUCAUAGAGGACUACAACAGUGACUAAUGCACUCGGCUCUGCCGUACUGGGACACAAUUACAGCUUAAAUUGUUCCCCACGUGGCCGUAACUGUAGUGCAUAACUGAGAUGAUAGCUCGGCCUUGAGUGAGCCUCAUGGGGGCGUCAUAUGAACAAGACAUUUUCCCAACGAGAUUGUCUCGAAGAACCUGAAUUAAAUGUGAUUCCGUAGCUCCAUACGGGCUCGUAAUAAUAAUAUGAAAGCACAGGGAUUCAUUUUAAUAAUCCCCCAAAAGUGAUCCUUAAAGAAAUACUUCAACCCCCAAAAUGAUCAUUUGUAUAUCAAUUACUAACCACGUGUUACCUUGAAUUGUUGAAGAAAACGUUCUGCAAGGUAACAACGGGUGAGUGACUGGUGCAUGAAUAAUCACUGCGGAGUCAAAGGAUUCCAGCUCAGCUGAAAUGUUGCCUGUAUUUAUUUGUGUUACGUGCACGUUGAGCACUUGUUGUUUUUUGUACCUCACAGAUUAUUUUUCUUGCAUAGUGACUGAUAGAUUUGUCCAGGAGCCUUUUAAAUGUAAUUUUGUUCUGUUUUCCAUGGAUGGGUAACGUAUACAUAUUACCAAGAGAUGCCUAUUGAGAGAUGAGUUUCUCAAAUCUAAACAAGCAUGUGAAUAAAACAAACUGUGUGAAAAGUGGA